AUGGCAUCAACAUUGUCUAUGCCGGCAGCCUCUGCCUUUAUAUCUACAGGCCUCGCGCUGCUACUUGCGCCAGUUCAGACUGCAAAUCUUGCCCUGGGCUUCAUGGGCUUUGAAGCCGGCGUCAGUGGAGGUCUGCGGCUCUUCUUAUCCCAAAACUGCUCGUUUGCUGCCUUGAUUCACAGCGGGAUUGGCAAUGUAGCAGCUGGGAGCCCGUUUGCCAUUCUUCAGAGCGCUGGGGCUGGUGGUUACGGCAUGGCUAUAGAUCCACGCAUUCACCUCCGCUUCACCAUUCUUUUCUUCCUCCCCCUCUUUCUCUUCCCUCCAAAACUCGACUCGCCCAUCUUCGAGAAUCGCCCAAAUUAUCUCAACUUGAUCAUGGCAGUCCCGAUUCUGAACUCUGGAGGCGAUAAUCAUGGAGAUGAUGAUCCCCAGAACCAUCGCUCUGACAAUUCCGACCCUUACCAGAUACCUCUAGAUGAUCCGAUCUGGGGCGUCAGAGCAACGAGAACUCUAACCUUGUCUGGUAUUAUGGCCACAUUUCUUGCUGCUGGGGGCUAUACCGUCAUUCCACCCAGCGAGCCAUCAUCAUCACAUCAACCUCGCAAUCUUGCCCCUGCUGCACAUCCAGAGGAACGACUUGCUCCUCUGCAGGGUCCCCGUCGCUCCCCAUUGAAUUCUAUGCAAGGAGUCUCAGAGCAUCCUGCAGAAAAUGGUCCACAACCAGAUGUGGCCCCCCUCGAUGAGGUGCAAGCCAGCGUCGCUGAGGCGAGCAACGGCGAGACCAGCAAGACUAAGAGAAAGUCUAAGAAGAAGAAGUGGGAGAAAAAUAAGAAGCAGGAGAAGAAAAAGAAGCAGGAGCAGGAGCAAAAUGUCUGCCGUCUCUUUCAAGAAUCUGGACAGUGUCGCUACGGAGACAACUGCAAGUACUCUCACCAGCUCCCCAACACUCUGCCUCUGCCCGACGGCACGGUCGACCCGGAUCUCCCUGAGAAAGAAGAUGGUUCCUCCAAGAAAGAAUAUGACUCUCCGAUUGAUCUUUUCUUCGCAAAGUACCCCAAAUUCGACUACAUGCGGGACAAGCCCCUGUGGAACGAGUUUCAUCGCAUGGUUGAACACUUCAAGUGGCAGGGCGCCGAGAGAGGCCAUUUCAAGAGCGAAUUUCGCGACGCCUUGGUGGAGGAGUUCAACUACGUCUAUGGCACGGAUGAGGGCAGCCUGGAGAGCUGGGAUAAACUGUGCCAAGCAAUGGGACUGUCUGCUCCAAAGACGCUGAAGGAGGCUCACAAGAUUGUUCGGGGAGCUCACGUCAACCUCGUUGCCCUCGUUCAGAGUCCCAGAACUGGGGAACCCGUCGAGGUGUUCAAGAGCAUGCAGGAUUUGAGACAAUUCACGGCAAAGACCAAAUGGACUUUCCCCCAAGAGCAUGAUCAAGCAGGCGGCUUGCUCAACAUGCUAAUCCGCAAGAUGAGUGUCCCGUCCCAUGGCCGCGGAUCUCGAGGCAAGAAGAAGGUCGUGGCCGAGUAA